AUCAAUGGCGGCCUAGUGAUACUGUGACCCGGAAUCAUCUUUUCAAUGGGUGAAAUGUUAGUAUGCAUAGUGUAUUUACAAGCCAUGUAGACAAACUAUUUUAAAAACAGUAUUGAUAUUAAUUUGAAGUGCAUAAAUAAUAUUAAUCUUCGUUGGUAAAGAUGAGCGCCGAAGCGGCGGACCGUGAGGCGGCCACCGGCAGCCGGCCGUGCACUCCGCCGCAGACAUCCUGGUUCGAGUUUCUGCUGGACGAAACUCUGCUGGAACAACAUUUGCAGAGCAGCUCUCCGGAUCCGUCACCGGUGCAGCUUGUGAUCCAGUUCUUGGAGCAAGCUUCCAAGCCCUCUGUGAAUGAGCAAAACCAGGUGCAGCCCCCAGCAGACAACCGCAGGAACCGAACCCUGAAGCUGCUGGCCCUCAAGGUGUCUGCUCACCUGAAAUGGGACCUGGAUGUGCUGGAGAAAGGCCUUUCCAUCCCGGUGCUGAACAUGCUCCUGAACGAGCUGCUGUGUGUCAGCAAGGUGCCCCCUGGCGUGAAACACGUCGACCUCGACCUGUCCGCUCUGCCCCCGACCACCACCAUGGCUGUGCUCAUCUACAACCGCUGGGCCAUCCGGACCAUCGUCCUCAGCAGCUUCCCAGAGAAGCAGACCAAGCCUGGGCCACACCAGCUCAACAUGUUAAACCUUGUGCAGCAGGAGAAAGAAAUGACAGACAACAUUUUGAAAGUGCUGAAGGAGCAGUUAGACGACUCCAUCACGGUGCUGGAGGGAGCGCUGGAGAUCAGGAGGGACUUCUACGUGCACACGAUGCGGACACUGGACCUCCUGGCCGCCGAGCCCUGUGCGGCCAAUGGGGAGACGGAGAGCUCCACCGCUGGGCUUCGGGUCAGCGCCGACGAGCUGCACUGCCAGGUUCACUACGACCUGGGCGCCAUUUUCUUCCAGCAAGGCUGCUCUGACGCAGCGUCCUAUGAGAAAGCUAAGGGGCACUUCUUCAGAACCAAGGAGCUGCUGUACAAGUUGGACUCUCGAGCCCAGCACUGUCGGGUGGACGAGAAGCGCCUGGCGGGAUACUGUAACGCGUGCAGGGUGCUCACCGGUGCCUCGGAUCCCAGCGACGCUGAGCCGACCGCUUUCGACUCCAUCAACUCCUACAUCAAGACUCAGAACUAUCAGGCGCUCUUUGAUGCAUUCAUCAAGGACAACAUGACCCUCAGUCUACCGAACCACUUCAGACAGUCCAUCCUUAGAGAAUUCACGCACAAGGCUCAGCUGGGGGACAGGGCGAUGGACGAGGUGUGUCACAAGCUGUCCAUGUGCAAUGCCGUGCGAGAUGCUCUGGAGGGCCAGGUGGUCAGUGUCCACUUCUUCCAGCUGCUCCUCAGGCCCCGGAAGCAGAUGAUUGACUACCUGCUGGAGGUGUGCACGAGGUCCUUAGACAAGACCAGCACGUUGGAGUCCUCAAGAAGGAACAUGGCCUCCUUCCUCAAGACCCUGUGUGAGAGCCUGACGGAGCCAUCGCUGGUCCUCACAGUCUCCUCCCAUGAGCUGUUCACGGAGCUCCUAGAGGAGAACGAGCAGAAGGCCCUCCUGGAACAGAUCAGGAAGAGGUCCACGAGCGUCAGCCACAGCAGCAAGCCCCUACCCUCAUUCUACGACAUCCCAGCCUCGGCCUCCGUGAACAUUGGGCAGCUGGAGCAUCAGCUCAUCCUGUCCCUGGAUGCCAGGAGGAUCCGGCAGAUCCUGAUCGAGCUGCACGGCAUGGCGGAGCGGCCCUAUUGGAGGGCAAACAGCAAGUGGGAGGUCCCAGCAGACUAUGUCAGUGUGAUUCUCGGCAUCAAGGACAACCUGACGCGGGACCUUGUCUACAUUCUCAUGGCUAAAGGCCUGCACUGCAUCACAAUAAAGGACUUCGCCCAUGCCCGCCAGCUCUUUGCCGCCUGCCUUGAGCUCGUCACAGAGUUCUCCCCCAAGCUGCGGCAGGUGAUGCUCAACGAGAUGCUGCUGCUGGAGGUCCGGGCUCACGAGGCGGGGGCCGGGCCCGGGGCGACCCGUGAGCGCCCCCCUGCGGACCUGGUCAGCCGCGUGCGGGGCUAUCUGGAGAUGAGGAUACACGAUGUUCCUCUGCGUCAGAUUGUGGGGGAGGAGUGUGUGGCCUUCAUGCUGAACUGGAGGGAGAACGAGUACCUGACCCUGCAGGUGCCCCAGUCUCUGGUUCUGAACAACGCCUACGUCAAGCUGGGCCAGCUAUUGGCCGCCACCUGCAAGGAGCUGCCAGGGCCCAAGGAGAGCCGGCGUACGGCCAAAGAGCUGUGGGAGGUGGUGCUGCAGAUCUGCAGCGUGUCCAGCCAGCACAAGCGGGCCAACGACGGGCGCGUCAGCCUGAUCAAGCAGAGGGAGUCCACCAUGGGCAUCAUACCGCGGAGCAAAUUUAUUACCUUCAUCAAGAAACUUCGAGAGCCGUUGGUUCUGACCACCCUGAUCUCGCUGUUUGUGAGACUGCACAGCAUCGUGAGGGAUGACAUUGUCAAUGAAGUCACAGCAGAGCACCUGUCCAUCUGGCCCACAGCUCUGCCAAACCUGCAGUCCGUGGAUGUGGAGGCGGUCGCCGUGACGGUCAAGGAGCUCGUGACCCACGCACUCAGCCUCAACCCCAACAACCACUCCUGGCUCAUCACGCAGGCGGACAUAUAUUUCGUAACCAGCCAGCACUCGGCAGCUCUGCAUUACUACCUCCAGGCCGGGGCCGUCUGCUCCGACUUCUUCAGCAAGGCCGUUCCUCCUGACGUCUACACCGACCAGGUUCUGAAGAGGAUGAUCAAGUGCUGUUCCCUGCUGAACUGUCACACUCAGGUGGCAGUGCUCUGUCAGUUCCUCAGAGAAGUGGACUACAUGACAGCAUUCAAAGCUCUUCAGGAGCAGAGCAGUCAUGAUGCCAUGGAUGCCCUCUAUGACUACAUCUGGGACGUCACCAUCCUCGAGUACCUCACAUACAUUCACCAUAAGCGAGGGGAGAAUGAAAAGCGACAAAUAGCUAUCAAAGCAAUCGGGCAAACCGAGCUGAACGCCAGUAAUCCUGACGAGGUCCUGCAGCUGGCUGCGCAGAAAAGGAAGAAGAGGUUUCUUCAAGCCAUGGUCAAGCUGUACUUUUAGACCGGAGUUUAUUUUUUUAAUUUGCUUUAGGAAAUAAACAUUUUGUAAAGAG